CGAAAAAUAGUUGGGCUUCUAUCAGACCUGCCACAAAGGGCUCUCAUUGACUAUAGCCAUGAGUUGGGUUAAUCGAUCAGUGGACAUGAUCCUGCAAUCGGCACGGAACAAAUUGAGACAUCUGUGUCGUCCAACAUCAACUCACAUUCCAUUUUUUAGCACUGCACUAGCUUUCUUCUACGCCUUUAAAGCUAUGCAAAACCAUCAUAGCUCCUUUCCAGGCACUAAAGAAUAUCAUCAAGCUUGUCCUCAGGACACAGGUCGAACCGCGACUGGUGCAGUAGUCAAGCUCUUUGUCGCGACAGUAACAACGGUCGGAAUACGAGGCCACUUCAGUUCUCUUUCGGACGUACAAUCAUGGAAACUCCAGCUCUUUCGUGCGCUCGAAAUACUCGUCAAUCCACUGGCCGCGCUUUUCCACUUUGCGCUAUUAUUCUGGUACGGAUUCGUGGAUCUUUUACACAUAAACCCGGGACCCUGGGAAAGAGAUAUCUCGUUAAAAUAUCGACUUGCGAGGUUUUCCGGCGCAUAUGCUAGUACUAAGUCUAGCAGCAAUGAAUGCAGGACUGCUUUAGGCUUAGUAAACCCACAGCAUCUCGAAAUGGUUCCUUCGAAGCGCGAUCUGAAAUGGGGCGGCCGUGUCUUGAUUCUUUUGACCUUACUAAGUCAAUACGCUCAGGCGGGAGUGUUACUAUCUCGUCGCAUCCUCUCCAACACAGCUGCUGGAGUCGAUUACGCCAUGGCUUUCCUAGUAAUCUCCGGGCUAGCAACCUUACUGAAGUCGCUUACCAUCUCAUUGCUGAACGUUACAUGGGUGCGGCACGAAGAGAUCCAGCCAUGUACGGAGAAACUUUGUAGCUUGCAGGAAUGCACCGCUUUUAAGCACGCACAGGGCUUGCCUUCUCAAAGAUCAGAGAUUUAUUUCUUCAAGAAGGAGGUAUCGGUUAUCCUGACAAUCAUCCUGUGCGACCUCGCGGGAGGAUGGCUUCAGAUGUCAAUCAUGUGGUGGUCUGAUUAUAGCAUUUGGCGACUCUUACUCAAUCUAUGGACGUUGCAAUAUGCACUAUGGGGCUCUGUCUACUACAUCAUCCUACUUCACAGCUUGGGAGGGCAGCCUCUUGACAAGUCUGCGCCUCAACCUCCAGACAAUUCGAGUCCACCGACUCGGCAGCCGUCUCAAACUCCGACAAAUUCGGGACUAGACGAAGCUUCACCAAAUCACACGAAGACCCUUUCCUGGUCCGACGUAUCAAUUCUUACGGUGAUAUCUGUCGCAGGGGUAGGCUACACGCUAUACUUUCUCGUAAUGGUAGCGUUCCAAUUAAUAUUACUAGUAGCGCCCUGCAUUCUUCUCUAUUCUAGUAUAGUGGUCGAGCUAUCUGCUUGGAAAACCUUAGAUCCCGCUAGACCUUGUCCGCAACUUUGGAAGGAUAGACUAGAAGAUGAACUUUGGUGGUUUUGAAAAGAAUAGAGGGUUACUAACCCGCAAUCUGCGAUUUGCGAGUGCGAUUGAUGGGUGCUUGUCUAGGACGCAUGGACUUGCAUACGGAUACACUAGCAACGUAUAUGAGAGUGGAAACACAGCUACCGCGGCCUUGAAUAAGGCUACAAAUGCCUAUGUAAAAGCUACUAUCACUAGAUUCCUUCUUAUAGUACUCUAGAGGGGCUAUAAUAUACUUUUAUCUAUUUG